AUGGCUGACAACAUGGCGGACGACAGCAUAGAAGGUACCAGGAAAUGGCGAGAGAGCAGGCAGAACAGAGCACUUGAAGAGAGAGCACAGCAAGCAGCACAGGGCACUGAGAGCACAGCAAGCAGCACAGCACUGAAGAGAGCAGCACAGGGCACUGAAGAGAGAGCACAGCAAGCAGCACAGGCACUGAAGAGAGAAGCAGCACAGGGCACUGCAGCAGAGGGCACAGCACAGCAAGCAGCACAGGACACUGAAGAGAAAGCAGCAAGCAGCACAGGGCAGCAGCAAGCAGCAGAGCUGAAGAGAAAGCACAGCAAGCAGUACUGGGCACUGAAGAGAACGCACAGCAAGCAGCACAGGGCACUGGAGAGAGAGCACAGCAAGCAAGAGAGCACAGCAAGCAGAACAGGGCAGCACAGCAAGCAGCACAGGGCACUGAAGAGAGAGCACAGCAAGCAGCACAGGGCACUGAAGAGAGAGCACAGCAAGCAGCACAGGGCACUGAAGAGAGAGCACAGCAAGCAGCACAGGGCACUGAAGAGAGAGCACAGCAAGCAGGGCACUGAAGAGAGAGCACAGCAAGCAGCACAGGACACUGAAGAGAGAGCACAGCAAGCAGCACAGGGCAGAGAGCACAGCAAGCAACAGGGCACUGAAGAGAAAGCACAGCAAGCAGCACAGGGCACUGAAGAGAGAGCACAGCAAGCAGUACUGGGCACUGAAGAGAACGCACAGCAAGCAGCACAGGGCACUGGAGAGAGAGCACAGCAAGCAGUAAAGGGCACUGGAGAGAGAGCACAGCAAGCAGUACUGGGCACUGAAGAGAACGCACAGCAAGCAGCACAGGGCACUGAAGAGAGAGCACAGCAAGCAGUACUGGGCACUGAAGAGAGCACAGCAAGCAGCAGGGCACUGAGAGAGAGCACAGCAAGCAGCACAGGCAAGCAGCACAGGGCACUGAAGAGAGAGCACAGCAAGCAGCAGGGCACUGAAGAGAGAGCACAGCAAGCAGCACAGGGCACUGAAGAGAGAGCACAGCAAGCAGCACAGGGCACUGAAGAGAACGCACAGCAGCACAGGGCACUGAAGAGAGAGCACAGCAAGCAGCACAGGGCAGCACAGCAAGCAGCACAGGGCACUGAAGAGAGAGCACAGCAAGCAGCACAGGGCACUGAAGAGAGAGCACAGCAAGCAGCACAGGGCACUGAAGAGAGAGCACAGCAAGCAGCACAGGGCACUGAAGAGAGAGCACAGCAAGUAGCACAGGGCACUGAAGAGAGGAAUCAAGAGGACAAUGGAAAAACUGCGGCGGUGUGUGUACUGGGUUGGCCUGUGACAGGAUGUUCAGGAGUGGUACAGGACCUGUCAGGUGUGCGCAGCAAAGAAGGGGCCUGCACAGAAGACACGUGCACCCCUACAGCUGUACCAGGCCGGGGCACCCAUGUGGCCAUGGAUUACUUCUCCAAGUGGCCAGAGGCUGGUGCCCUUCCCAACCAUGUAGCAGAAACAGUUGCAGAAUUCCUGGUGACCCAAGUCUUCACCCGCUUUGGGGUGCCAGGUGAGUUACAUUCAAACCAGGGCUGA